AUGUCCACCCAAGCAAGCCUCCGCUUCUUCACACCUCUUCUCCACACCUACCUCUUCCCCCUCAUAUCCUGGCUCGCGACCGGCGUCAUGAACAUCAUCCCGCAAGCGCGAGACGUCAGCCUCGCGACAGUCCCACUCCUGAUCUUCGUCGCUAUCCUCAUCGUCUUCAUCCAGCAACCCAACCGCGUGCAGACCUGGAAGGACUUAGACCACUCCCAAAUCUUUCGCUACUCAGUCCUCUUCACACUCUGCCGCAUGGCCGAAGAGACGGCUGUUGUCUUCACGCGCGACGUACUCCAGCCUCCACGUGGGCUGUUCCUGACGUUCAUACUUGCGUUCCAGGGGGUGUUCGCGGAGCGGAUAUGGGAUCAUUGGAUGGAGACCCCCGAAACAGAAACCUCCGGCCUCUCUGCCCUGUGGUCCUAUUCCAACAUCCUCCUCCCCUGGAGCCUCCUCCUCCCCCAACUCCCAACACUGCUUCUAUGCAGCCUCUUCCUCUCAAACAACUACAUCCACGCGCCGCCGUCGUUGUGGUCCCUCAUGUGGCGCCUCCCACUACUAAACAUCCUCCUCUUCCCCCCCUUCUACAUCACCUUCCUCCUCCUCUGCCAAAAGUGGGAAGUCGCGCGACACGACGCCUCCUCCACACCCACCCCGGCCCUCCUCCUCCUCCGCACCAAGCUCAAGCUCCUCCCCCACAUCCUCCCCGCACGCCUCCUAAACCCCCUCCUCCCCUGGCCCGUCGACGCCCCUGGCCCUCCUACCCCCGACACACCGGCUCCUCCCCAGCAGCUCGCCAGCCGCAAUGCUACGCCCCGCGACGACCCCGUCACCGCGCAACGCCAACGUAGUCGACCCAGCACGACCGCGCCGGGCCGCCCGCCAACGCCCUUCGAAAACACGCCCUUCCUCAACCGGCCCUCGUUCAGCUCGCGGUUCGCGGCGCCGAUAACGGCGUCGGCGGAGGACGAGGUGGCGAGGCGGAGGAAGCUGCGGGAGGAAUAGCAGGGAGGAGGGCAGGCCACGGGGAUCGGAGGUGCGCUGAGGGAGAGAGGG